AUGGAUGGAGGAUUAAGUUCUGAAAAACUGAUUAAGAUAAUCGCAGCGAGCGUGGGUGGGUUCGUGGUGGUCAUAAUUUGCUCGUUUUUGCUGUGGAUGGUGUGCUGGAGGAGUCUUGGCGGGGAGGUGAGGAGGAGCAAAGGUGUGAGUGAAGAUUUGAACCCAUGGGGACCCGCAGGAACCGGCCGGUUUCAAAAGGGCCGGGUUAGCAAUGCAAUGAUUCGUUACUUGAAUGCACUGGACAAUUUGGGAAUGACAAUUUUGGAGAUGUUAGCUCAUGGACUGGGCCUUCCAGACAACUUUUUCACAAAGAACUUUGAGGAAAAAGAGGCUACUAUGAUCAGGGUCAACAGAUAUCCUCCUUGUCCCCUCCCUGAAAAAUGUCUUGGGCUUGGGAGCCAUUCAGACCCACAUACCUUAACCAUAUUGUUACAAGAUGAUGUUGGUGGCCUGCAAGUUCUUACAAGUGACAACAAAUGGAUUGGUAUCCGUCCUGUUCAAAAUUCUUUCAUCAUCAACAUCGGUGACACCCUUGAAGCUUGGACUAAUGGGAAGCUGAGGAGUGUAGUGCAUAGAGCAGUGCUUAACAAGGAGAAGAAUAGGCUAUCAGCAGCAUAUUUCAUGAGCCCCCGUAAUUCUGCCCUCAUUGACUGCCCUCUUGUGCUCAUGGAUGCAAAAACCAACCCUAGAAAAUAUGUGCCCUUUACUUGGGGUAAUUUCCGAAAGCAACUUUUGGUUCAAAAGAGGGUUGUUGGUAACUGCACUAGAAAGAUACCUAAUAUCCAAAUGAAGAUUAUAGUUUGAAACCUGGGAGGACCAAAAGUUUAGACUUAAUAUAUAUUAGACGUCUAAUACAGGUUUAGUCUAUCUGUAUUAGUAGUUUGGCUUCUAUUAAAAAUGGUGUUCGCACUGUAAUCUACAAAUAUGACGCAAUUUCUUGUAC